AUCACUGUUGAAAUAGUCCGGUUACAUUUCCUCCAGGCGUUAUAACCUGAGCUCUUUUCACUCCACAGUUGCAUCUCUCCCUCCCUGGCACCGGACAGCGGCCCCCGACAUGAAGCUUCCAGCGGCGGUUUUUGCAGUUUUUGCAUCCAUAGCUGUCAGCAUUGACGCUACUGUCUACUUCAAGGAACAGUUUCUGGAUGGAGAUGGAUGGAAAAGCCGCUGGCUCGAGUCAAAGCACAAGUCAGACUAUGGCCAAUGGAAACUGAGCGCUGGAAAGUUCUAUGGGGAUGCUGAGGCUGAUAAAGGUGUCCAGACCAGCCAGGACGCCCGCUUUUACGCACUGUCGGCCCGCUUUGAGCCCUUUAGCAAUGAGGGAAAACCCCUGGUCAUCCAGUUCACCAUCAAGCACGAACAGAAGAUUGACUGCGGAGGUGGCUAUGUCAAGAUCUUCCCCUCUGACCUCGACCAGAGCGACAUGCACGGAGACUCCCAGUAUUACAUCAUGUUUGGGCCUGACAUCUGUGGAUACAGCACAAAGAAGGUUCACGUGAUCUUGAACUACAAGGGCCAGAACCACCUCAUCAAGAAAGACAUCAAAUGCAAGGAUGACGAGCUCACCAACCUAUACACACUUAUCCUGAAUCCCGACCAGACAUACGAGGUGAAAAUCAACAAUGAGAAGGUGGAGUCCGGCUCCCUGGAGGACGACUGGGACAUGUUGCCCCCAAAGAAGAUCAAGGACCCAGAUGCCAAGAAACCCAGCGACUGGGACGACAGGGCCAAGAUCGACGACCCCACUGACACCAAGCCUGAGGACUGGGACAAGCCAGAGACCAUUCCUGACCCUGAUGCAAAGAAGCCUGAAGACUGGGAUGAGGACAUGGACGGAGAGUGGGAGCCUCCUAUGAUCACUAACCCAGAGUAUAAGGGUGAAUGGAAACCCAAGCAGAUAGACAACCCUGACUACAAGGGAGCAUGGGUUCACCCUGAGAUCGACAACCCAGAGUACACUCAUGACGCCGCCAUGUACAAGUUUGAUAACAUUGGAGUACUGGGCCUGGAUCUGUGGCAGGUUAAAUCUGGCACCAUUUUUGACAACUUCCUGAUCACUGAUGAUGUCAAAGAAGCACAGGAGUUUGGGAAGGAAACCUGGGGAGCUACUAAGGGACCAGAGAAGAAGAUGAAGGAGGAGCAGGAGGAUAUGGAGAGGAAACUGAGGGAGGAGGAGGAGAAGAGCAAGAAGGACACUGAAGAUGGUGAUGAUGAUGGGGAGGAGGAGGAGGAGGAGGAGGAGGAGGAGGAGGAGGAGGAGGAGGAGGAGGGCGAGCACAAUGGGGAGAGGGACGAUGAGGCUGGGACAGAAGAGGAGGAUGGCGACGUCAAACAGAAGGAUGAGUUGUAGAGGAAAGGCGGACUGCUGCGUGCUUCUGUCCACAGGUUCAAAAGAACGUCAGAAAAUGAGCGAACGCUGGAUGGACUCUGGCCUUUCAUACAGCAGCCUUUCAUUCAGACGAGGUUGGGGUGGGGGGGUGGACGGUGGGGUACGGUGAGAUUUAUAUUUUGAUUCCCUUCUUUUUUAGCCUCCAAAUUAGAGAGGUGUUCCUUCUGUUUGUGUCUGCUUUGGUUGAGAAUUUUCUAAGUUAAUUAAUAUGAUUUACUGAACGUGGUGUGAGUGCAUCCUGCAGUUCCUCACAGAGCCAAUCACUUUUUACUAAUGCCUUUGUUGGGAUGUCCAGUAAUGGAAGCGGUGUCUGGUUCAUGCACUUUUAUUCUUCCUGUGUGAUGAAGUACUGUUUGUUUUUAAUUGACCCCUUCAUAAUUUAUUCGAUCAUUCGUUACCUGAAAACAUGUCAGUUCCCAAAGCUCUGCUUUUGGACAUGCGUCCUUCCUGUGUGAUGAGUGAGACUGUUUAGAAAAACUGUGAUUUGUACAAUCCUCAUUUUCUCAUUGUUCUGAAUGAGUGACUGUCCCAUGGGCGCACACUGUCUUUGAGUUUCCGUGAAUAAAUUGAAGCUUCUCUCAA